GUUAUUUCAAGGAGGAACUCAUAUUGACUAACCUUAAGCAAGCUGGAUAUAUUACAUUAAUGUGUGGUGACGGACCAAACGUUGUUGGUGCUCUUAAGCAGGCUCAUGUUGAGUUGUGCUUCUUGACGGCAAGCCUGAAAAUUGCUGAACAUCAAAAAAUACAGCGAUUUAAAGAUGUAUAUGAAAGUCAAUUAAAAUUUACUUCACAGUUCAACAUGCCACCUCCACCCCAGCAAUUGCGCAUUUAUUCCCACAUAUUACCAACAACUUCAGCAACAAACUACCUCAGGUUUGGUAUGAAUCAACUUGCGGAAAAUCUUUUACAAGAUUUCGAUGAUGAACCACCAACAAUUAAGUUAGGAGACGCAUCAGUAGUUGCACCUUUUACAUCUAAACUUUCCAAUGUGGUAGCAAUUGCAAACAUUGUCCGUCAGGGUCGUUAUACAUUGGUUGCCGCUAUUCAGAUGUACAAAAUUUUGGUUUAA